AUGGGAGGAGGUGCCAAUAGUCGAACAGCGAGUAGGGAUGUAAGAACGGUCAAUGGGCUGGGCGAUGAGGACUUUGAGGUGUAUCGGUCUAUUUUUUUCUGGCAUUACGACGAUCUUUUGAAAAAGUAUUUUGGGAGAUUCCAGAGAUUCAGGCUGAGACAGAGCAAGCUUGCAAGGAUGUUUUUUGAGUACAAGGCGUUUAGAGAAUCAACAGAGUGGGAGGGUGUUUCUACGAGUUUUAGGUAUGGUGAUGAUGCAGAGCUGUUUGUUCCAAGGAACUUUUACAUACUUACUGAGACUAUUCUUAGCCUUGAUUGCAAGGUUGAUGGGAUUUUUAGGAUUGGAAACUCUAUUGAAGUAAUCAACGAGUGUGUGGGCAUCAUAAAUGAGUGUGUAGAUAAUAAUGUCUCUUAUGAGGAUGCCAAGCAGUGCCUUGCCAGCAGAUUCAGCGUGAUUGACAUGGCUACUGCAUUCAAGCAAGUUUUGAGGGAAUACCCAACAACGAUAGUUCCUGAAGAGUUGAUGGACACUAUGCUGGUGAUCUCGAAAGUAGGCAACAGUGAAGAUCAGCUUGUGCUGUGCCGUAUGCUGUUUUUAGCGAUGCCCAAGCCUAACAGGCAUGUUCUUGAGGCAACGAUAAACUUUUUAUACACUGUGCAUGACAUAUCCACGAAUAAAGGAACGGACUAUGAGGGAAAAAUGAAUAUUGAAGGGAUAUCAAGGAUCAUGAUGCCGAAUCUCGUGCUUAAGUCGCACAAUCAAGUUGAUCUUGAUAAUAUAGAGACUCUUGUUAACUUUAUGAAGAUGUUUUUUGAGAACUUUGCCCAGAUUGUUUGCUUGGAUGAGAAUGUUGCUGAGCUUUGA